AUGGGGGUCCCGUGGGUCCUGGGGGGGGUCCCGUGGGUGCCCCGGGGGUCUGUGGGGUCCGGGGGGGGCCCGGACCCCCCCCCCCCCCCCCCGGGCGACCCCCCCCGAUGUCCCUUCGCCGCCCCCCCCCCCCCGCCCACCCCUCCCCCGCUGCCCCCGGACUGCGACCCCCAGGAGGGGGGAGGGGCCAGUGACGUCACCGAGGAGCGGCUCCGGGCCACCAGCUGCGGAGGGGACACCGCGGGAGGGGCCACCGAGACCCCCGGAGUGGCCACCGAGACCCCCCGAGGGGCCACCGGGACCCCCGGAGGUGACACCGGGGGGGCGGCCCCGGGAGGGGACAACCUGGUGAUGGAGGGGACGGAGGGACCCGGUGCCACCAACUGCUCCGGGGACACUUUGGGACACGCCAGGGAGGUCUGUGAAGGUGCCACCACCCCGGUGGCCGCUGUCCCCACAUCCCCAGGAAGUGACAGCCUGAUGGUGGCCCACGGAGGGGACGUGGUUAUGGAGGGGACGGACCAGCCCGGUGUCACCAAUGACCCUGGGGACACCAAGGGACACCUCAACGAGGUCUAUGGAGGUGCCACCACCCCAGUUGGACUUGUCACCACAUCCCCAGGAGGUGACAAGGUGCUGGUGGCCACUGCCAGUGACGUCAUUGCAGAGGGGACAGAAGAACUGGGUGUCACUGGUGACCCCAGGGACACUUUAGGACGUGUCACCGAGGUCUAUGGAGGUGCCACCACCCCGGUGGCUCCUGUCCCCACAUCCCCAGGACGUGACACGGUCGCGGUGGCCCACGGUGGCAGUGAUGUCAUCGUGGAGGGGACGGACCAGCCCGGUGUCACCGGUGACCCUGGGGACACUUUGGGACACCUCAAUGAGGUCUACGGAGGUGCCACCACCCUGGUUGGACUUGUCCCUACACCCCCAGGAGGUGACAAGGUGCUGGUGGCCACUGGCAGUGACGUCAUCGUGGAGGGGACAGAAGAACCGGGUGUCACCGGUGACCCUGGGGACACUUUGGGACACCUCAACGAGGUCUAUGAAGAUGCCACCACCCCGGUGGCCCCUGUCCCCACGUCCCCAGGGAGUGACAAGGUGCUGGUGGCCACUGGUGGGGACGAGGUUACGGAGGGGACGGACCAGCCUGAAGUCACCGGUGACCCCGGGGACACUUUGGGACACGUCAAUGAGGUCUAUGAAGAUACCACCACCCCGGUGGCCCCUGUCACCCCACCCCAGGGAGGUGACAAGGUGCUGGUGGCCACUGGCAGUGACGUCAUCGUGGAGGGGACACAAGAACCGGGUGUCACCGGUGACCCCAGGGGCACUUUGGGACACGUCAACGAGGUCUAUGGAGAUGCCACCACCCCGGUCGGACUUGUCCCCACGUCCCCAGGAGGUGACAAGGUGCUGGUGGCCCACGGUGGGGACGUGGUGACGGAGGGGACGGACCAGCCCGGUGACCCCAGUGACCCCGAGGGACAUGUCACCACUGUGGUGGCCCCUGUCACCCCACCCCCAGGAGGUGUCCUGGUGGCCACCGGGGUGGGGACGGACCGACUGGAUGUCACUGAGCAGCCUGGGGACACUUUGGGACGUGUCACCGAGGUGUACGGAGGUGCCACCACCCCGGUGGCCGCUGUCCCCACGUCCCCAGGAGGUGACACGAUGCCGGUGCCCCACGGCGGGGACGUUGUCCUGGAGGGGACGGAGAGUCCCCGAGUCCCCAACUGCCCCGGGGCCACUUCUGGCCGUGCCACCGCCGCCCCCAGAGGUGCCACCACCUCUGCCCCCCCCGUGGUGGCCACGUCCCCCAGGGGUGACACCGUCAUGGUGGCCCCGGGGGGGGACAUCGCCCUGGGGGGUUCCGGGGUCCCCAACUGCUCCGGGGACGCUCCGGGCGUCCCCAGAGAUGCCACCUCUACCCCUCCCCCCGCGGUGGCCACGUCCCCCCGGGGUGACACCGUCAUGGUGGCCCCGGGGGGUGACAUUGCCCUGGGGGGGACGGAGGGUCCCGGGGCCACCGAAAUGUCCCCAAGGGGGGGAGGUGACAAGGCCGGGGUGGCCCUGGAGGGGACAUCCCACCCCCUCGGGGACCCCCCUUGCCCCGCCCCCACCCCCACCCCCGCUGACAUCGCCCCUCCCCCCACCCGCUGCGCCCCUCCCCCGCCCCGCCCCGCCCCCAACGUCUUCCCG